AUGGGAGUGCAUCACGUGCAGCCUACAAACUUCAGCAACGUGUGCAACGAGUUCCCGGUCAUUUUCAAUGGGACGCUUGGUCACUACACCAGUCUGUCAGUCUCCCUAGACCUCGACCCUGCUGUACACGUCAUCUAUAUGAAGUCCAUGCACGUCCCAUUUGCAUUGCGUCCCAAGAUAGAUGAAGAGCUGGACCACCUGGUAGCACAGGGGGUUCUAGAGCCAGUGGCACAUGCCGUCUGGGAGACCCCCAUCGUCAUCCCAGUGAAGCCCAAUAGGGACAAACCGAAUGGGUCAGUCCGCAUCUGCGCGGACUAUAAAUGUACUUUGAACAGGGCGCUACAGGACCACGCGUACCCGGUCCCUGUAGUCAGCCACGUUCUGGCCACCUUGGGCGGGGCAAAGAUCUUUGGGAAACUAGAUCUUGCCCAAGCAUACCAGCAGUUGCCUGUUGACGAGGCAACUGCGGAAGCGCAGACCAUAGUUACCCACCGGGGGGCAUUCCGUGUUAAGCGCUUGAGUUUUGGAGUGAGCGUGGCGCCGGGACUAUUUCAGCAAUUGAUGGACUCUCUUCUCAAAGGGAUCCCUGGCGUCACGCCCUUCUUCGACGAUGUAUUGAUCGCCGCUGCCACGCCCGCCGACUUCGCGACCCGCCUCCGCACCGUGCUCGGCCGUUUCCAGGACGCCGGGCUGAAGGUCAAGCUGGACAAGUGCCGCCUGGGGGUUCCGUCGGUGGAUUUUUUAGGCUUCACAGUGGACCGGGAGGGCCUCCACCCGACGCGGGAAAAAGUAAAGGCUAUCGUGGAAGCGCCGCCGCCCAAGUCCAAGGCCGCAGCCUUCAAGUCCGUCAAGGAACUUUUAAUUUCUAACUCUGUGUUGGCCCACUUCGAUGAGUCGCUGCCGGUGGUGCUGGCGUGCGACGCAUCACCCUACGGAGUGGGCGCAGUGCUGGCACAUCGCCUCCCCGACGGCCGGGAGGUCCCGGUCGCAUACUACUCGCGAACCCUAUCUGCGGCAGAGAGGAACUACGCCCAGAUAGAUCGCGAGGGUCUAGCUAUCGUGGCCGGGGUCAAGAAGUUCCACGACUUCGUCUACGGCCGACCCUUCACGAUCGCCACCGACCACCGACCGCUCCUCGGCCUGUUCGCACCGGACCGCAGAACACCCCAGGUCAUCUCCCCGCGCGUCCUGCGUUGGACCAUCUUUCUGGCGGCCUACGAUUACAGCAUCGUGCACCGUCCCGGGAAGGCCAUGGGCCACGCUGACGCGAGGGGGUGGCCUACAGGGGUGGAUGGGCCGGAGUUCGCUGCUUUCAAGGCCCGCCGAGAGGAACUGUCGGCUCACAAGGGCUGCCUACUAUGGGGAGACCGGGUCGUGGUCCCUAGCGCCCUACGCCAGGGAGUCCUACGGGCGCUACACGAGGCACAUCCGGGCAUCGUACGAAUGAAAGGACUGGCCAGAAGCUACGUCUGGUGGCCCGGCAUUGACGCUGAGGUAGAGGCAUGGGUGAAGCGGUGCCAGACCUGCCAAGCCGUGCGUCCCAGCCCGCCGGGGGCGCCGCACUCCUCGUGGGAAUCCACCCGCACCCCAUGGUCACGGCUGCACAUUGAUUUCGCCGGGCCAUUCCAUGGACUGUUGUUUCUGGUGACGGUGGAUUCCUACACCAAAUGGUUGGAAAUCAGCCCCGUCUCCGCGACGUCCACCAAGGCGACCAUCCGUGCCCUCAGGAAGAUCUUUGCCACCCACGGUCUGCCAGACACCAUCGUCUCAGACAACGGGACGGCGUUCACCUCCGAGGAGUUCCGGCAAUUCCUCAGCGGCAACCUGAUCCAGCACAUCAGGACGGCACCCUUCCACCCGGCAACCAACGGCCAAGCCGAGCGUAUGGUCCGGACGGCGAAGGAGGCCCUCAGCCGCCUAUCGGAGGGGGACUGGGAAUGCCGCAUCGCCAGGUUCCUCCUAGCGCAGCGGACUACGCCGAACCCGGUAAGCGGCCGCUGCCCCGCCGAGCUGUUGAUGGGCCGGAGGCCCACGAUCCUGCUGGACCGCUUACACCCCGAUCGGGCUCCGGGACAGCGGAACCCCACAGAGCAGAGGGAAGCGCCACGCGGGUUCUUUCCUGAGGAGCCCGUGUUCGUCCUCCGGAGGCACAUCGACCAGCUCCGGCGGCGAAUGCUCCCCGAGCACGAACCAUCGGAAGUACCAUCGGAAGCAGAGGACCCCAUCGAGGCCCCUGAGCAAACCACGCCCGCGCCCGAGGACGCACUCAGAGACAGGCCGCCCCAGGCAGCAGAGGCGGGGGCCCCAGAGCCCGAACUGGCAGCUGCGGAAGCCCCAGCUCCACCACAGACGUCCACCCCGGAGCCAUCUGCAGGUGGUGACGACCGGUACGGUGUUGGCAUGGUCGGCCUCAGCCUCCUUACCCUGCGGCUGCCGGAUUGUUGGGCUUGUCCAUCACCUCACAGCACACCGAGGGCGAGAGGCUGGGCGCCACUUCCAUGGACCUGCCGCCCAGCCAGCUCCCUGCACCCUGAUGCAGCCGACGACGACCACUGCGGCAGCGCCAUGUUCGGCCUCGGCCUCUGA